AUGACAAAGACGAACAAGGCCGCUGUUUAUGCCAACCCCGGCACGACCGAAAUCAAAAUUUUAGACUUAGAGAUCCCUGAACCAGGGCCCGGCCAGGUCUUAGUCAAGCUUGACCUUGCUGUCUGUAAAAAUGCAUGGAGUUAUCUGCCGUAUCCGACACUGCCUAACCAAGUCGGCGGCCACGAAGGUAUCGGUGAAGUCGUUUCAGCAGGGGCAGAUGUUCCCAGCUCCAUAAUAGGCUCUCGAGUUGGAAUCAAAUGGCUCAACUCAGCUUGCACGGAAUGUGAAUUCUGCCUCUCCUCUCUCGAUGCGUCCUGCCCUAAAGUCACAGUGAGCGGCUACUAUACGCCAGGAACCUUUCAGCAGUAUACACUUGCAGCUGCCAACUACGUAACUCCGAUUCCCGCGAACCUCUCCUCAGCAUCCGCCGCCCCGCUACUCUGUGGUGGUAUGACUGUCUGGUCAGCCCUCAAAAAAGCAUCCUUACAACCAAAGCAAUGGGUCGCCAUCCCAGGUGCAGGUGGUGGUCUCGGUCACCUCGCCGUACAGUUUGUGAAGAACAGCUACAAAGCGAACGUCAUUGCCAUUGACGCCGGUAGCAAGGAGUCGUUUUGUAAAGGUCUUGGGGCGGACGUGUUCCUCGACUUUAAAACUCACUCAGACGAAGAACUUGCUGAGGCCAUAAAGAAAGCCUCCGGUGGAGCUGGAGCACAUGUAGUCCUCGUCACUACAGGAUCGCAGAAGAGCUAUGAUCAAGGAAUCGCUCUUUUAAGGCCUGGUGGAAAGAUGGUAUGCGUUGGCAUUCCGGACGGAGUGGAUAGUCCUAUCAGCGGGGCGACCGCAAGCCAUAUUGCUACAUCUCAGAAGCAGAUUAUUGGGUCCGCAGUAGGAAGUCGAGAAGAAACAUUGGAAUGCCUGCAAGCAGCGGAGAGGGGAGAAGCAAAGGUUGAAGUCAGGAUUGAAAAAAUGGAAAAACUAGGCGAGAUCUUCAAGGAGAUGGAAGAAGGCAAGUUGCAAGGUAGAGUUGUUCUAGACUUAUCAUGA